UUGGAAAAUGUUGCAGCAAACUCCAUUUUUACAGCAGUUGCCUCGCUGGGAAGAUUUAUGGUUAAAACUAUUUGAAUAUGGAAGGAAUUAAUACAUACAUUUGAUCCCAUAAAUUUUGACUUGACCGGUUCAUUUUAUCCAAGAAAUAGAGUCAUAGUCUCAUACCAUACCGUGCCAAGCUUUUCCUUGCACGUGGCCCCGUGUAAUUAUCAGCAACAACCCCAUGGUCAAAUCUCGAAAGGAAGGCUCGGGCAGUCUUGAAAGGAGGAUGAAGCACAGCAUUGAAUCCUGGGAACUGAAGAGUAUCAAUGCGAAGAACGGAAAGUCGUUCUCCCAGAUUUAACACUUUCAGUUUAGAAACUGAAACAUCCACUUUUCAGACUUCAUCUUGCCCCUCUCCUUCCUGUCUUUCACCAUGAACACAGACAACAGCAACAGCAACGACAAUAACGUCAGAAACAUCAAGAGGCGAACUCAAGCCUUGAAUUCUACAAAUCCCAUUUCGCUACGCGCUUUGACAAUCCUGAUCAUCUUGUUUUUCACCUUCAUUCCCCAUACCGCCCUCAAAACGCCACCCCCUUUGCCCAUUUUACCCCUCCCUUCAGCUCCUCAGCUCCAAUGGCAACUCUCUUCGAUGGCUCUCUUCCUCCACUUUGGACCCAACACCUUCACUGACUCGGAGUGGGGCACAGGCCAUGCCAACCCGUCUGUAUUCAACCCUACCCGACUAAAUGCUUCUCAGUGGGUGCAUGUAGCCGAGGAAGCUGGGUUUUCAAGGGUGAUCCUUACAGCAAAGCACCAUGAUGGCUUCUGCUUGUGGCCAAGUGAAUACACGGAUUAUUCUGUGAAGGCGAGUCCGUGGAGGAAUGGGAAGGGCGAUGUUGUUGCUGAGCUGGCUACGGCUGCUAAGGAAGCUGGGGUAGCAUUGGGGCUUUAUUUAUCUCCAUGGGAUAGGCAUGAGAAUUGCUAUGGGAAGACUGUGGAGUACAAUGAAUUCUAUAUGGGGCAGAUGGUUGAGUUGUUGUCUAGGUAUGGAGAUAUCAAGGAAGUAUGGUUGGAUGGCGCAAAAGGGGAGGGGGAAAAAGAUAUGGAGUAUUAUUUUGAUGCUUGGUUUAGUCUCAUUCGUCAGCUCCAACCAGGUGCUGUUAUCUUCUCUGAUACUGGUCCUGACACCAGGUGGAUUGGCGAUGAGGCUGGCAUCGCUGGUUCUAGUUGUUGGUCUCUUUUCAAUCGAAGCGAUGCAGAAAUUGGUGGAACUGAUCCUCAAUACUCUCAAGCAGGAGACCCUUAUGGACAUGACUGGGUACCUGCUGAGUGCGAUGUCUCAAUCAGCCCUGGUUGGUUUUGGCAUGCAUCUGAAGUUCCAAAGUCAGCAUUGAAGCUUCUUGACAUAUACUACAGAUCAGCUGGUCGAAAUUGUCUUUUGCUGCUAAAUGUGCCUCCAAAUUCGUCAGGUCUUAUUUCAGAUGAAGAUAUUCAAGUGCUCCAAGAAUUCAAGGAGCUUCGGAGGUCCAUAUUCUCGGAUAAUUUGGCCAAGAAUGCUAUGCUAAAUGCCAGCAGUAUACGCGGAGGCAAUGAUAAUUCUCAAUUCAGCCCCUAUAAUGUACUUGAAGACGGUAUUUACACCUAUUGGGCUCCUGAAGAGGAUCAGUCUGAUUGGGUCUUAUAUUUAAACCUUCAAGAAUCAUUAUCUUUCAAUGUCUUGCAAGUUCAAGAGCCAAUUCACAUGGGACAACGUAUCAUCGAGUUCAAUCUUGAGAUCCUGAAUGGAGGUGGAUGGAAGAAAGUGAUUAAUGGCACCACAGUGGGAUAUAAGAGGUUGCUGCAAUUUCCCACAGUUCAAUCUCAGUACUUGAAGUUUGUUAUCAGCAGGUCUCGAGCAGAUCCUCUUAUUUCUUUUCUGGGGAUCCAUAUGGACCGAUUCUCCAUUCUCAGCUACGCAUCUGGUAUAACCUCACAAGCACAUGUCAAUGGUAGUCAAGUCCUUCAGCAAUUCUCAAUAGCAACAGACACAAAGGUUUUAAACGUGGUAUGCUUUGAUAGGGCUGCUAAGGUCAUCUUUGGUUGUUCUGCUCAGCAAUUCUUUGACUUUGCGACCCUUCACCCUUAUGCUGCUAAAAAUGCUAGUAAUGCUUUGGUGGGAGAAAUGUUCAGAAUCACUUUGAGCAAGCCUAAAAGGGGUAAUGCAGAGCAUCUGCGAAUGACAUCAGUUGUUCCUUUGAGGUCUGGUUUUCAGCCAGUGAUUGAGACCUUGAAAGAUCUAUAUGGAGUAAUAUAUGGAGCUGAGGGUUCUGGGGGCUUCAUGUAAUGUUAGGAAGCUGAUUGGGAGAUGUUUUUUGGUCUGUAUUGAGAAUGGUGGGGUUAUUCUUUUGUCCAGGAUAGAGGGAGCUUGAGUCUUUUGAAGGAGUUUUGGAGAGAUAUACCAGGCUGAGUGUAAAAUUUCACUGGUAUACAAACCAAAUCUUCAUGUUCUCUUGUCGUUGUUGUGUCUUGUUCAGAAGGAGGAGAAAAUGUUAUUCCCUCCAGUUAAUGAAAUUUGCAUUGCUCUUCAAAAAAAAA